AUGUACCAUGAACGUGUGUCGUCCGGUCACCGUUGGUCAGGGAUCAGCUCCGCUGUUGGCCCCGUCAGUCACUCUGCCCUGUUCCUCGAUGGAUGGCCUACCGUAGUACUCGGUAGUACCGUCAAUAAUGCGUACGGGGCGCUCUCUCCGUGGGACAAGUGCCAAGUCGUACGCGGCAGUCACGUGCCGCCCGGAUCCGGACUUUUGUGUCUCGACUCUCUCUCCACGUCGGCUGCGACUUCUCCAGAAGAAUCUCCACGAGCGCGUCUGCUCUCCUCCCGUCACUCGUUCUGUCUGUCUGCUGCUGGCUGCAUCGCCUGCGGGGAAUCGCCAUCGACACAACAGCCGAGCCUGCUCUCGCCGAGCGAUUUAUUCCAGCAAUUCGUUGAUUCCCAUCAGAAAGCUUCCCCGCCCCGUUCCUUUGGCUGCUGGCUGGAACGAACCCCGACCAGCGCUUCCGCCAACCCUUCGCUUACCCUGGCCGCCUGGCGCCUUGCCUUGCUCCGACACGGCGGGCUGGCGACGUUUUCGUGGAAAUUGAGCGAGACAGAGAAGUCGUGUUAA